AUGGCCCUCCACCUCCGAAGUUCUCGGGCCUUGGGCUCCGUCAAGCCGCUCGCUCGCGUCCUCGGCGCGCGCUGCUACUCGUCGGGCGAGCCCGAUCUCAAGACGACGCUCAAGGCAGCCAUCCCCGCCAAGCGUGAGCUGCUGAAGAAGGUCAAGGCCCACGGCAGCAAGGUCAUCGGCGAGGUCAAGGUCGAGAACACGCUCGGCGGCAUGCGCGGCCUCAAGGCCAUGGUCUGGGAGGGCUCCGUCCUCGACGCCAACGAGGGCAUCCGCUUCCACGGCCGGACCAUCAAGGACUGCCAGCGCGAGCUCCCCAAGGGCAAGACGGGCACCGAGAUGCUUCCCGAGGCCAUGUUCUGGCUGCUCCUGACCGGCCAGGUGCCCUCGACCGGCCAGGUGCGCGCCUUUUCCCGCCAGCUCGCCCAGCAGGCGCAGAUCCCCGCCUUCGUCGGCAAGAUGCUCGACGCCUUCCCGCGCGACCUGCACCCCAUGACGCAGUUCGCCAUGGCCGUCUCGGCCCUCAACUACGAGUCCAAGUUCGCCAAGGCGUACGAGCAGGGUCUCGGCAAGGCCGACUACUGGGAACCGACGUUUGACGACUGCAUCUCCCUCCUCGCCAAGUUGCCGACCAUCGCGGCCAAGAUCUACCAGAACGCCUACGGCGGCGGCGGUGCCCUGCCGGCCGAGGUCGACGUCGAGCAGGACUGGUCCUACAACUUCGCCGCCAUGCUCGGCAAGGGGGGCAAGGAGAACGAGAACUUCCAGGACCUCCUGCGUCUCUACCUCGCCCUGCACGGCGACCACGAGGGCGGCAACGUGUCGGCGCACGCGACCCACCUCGUCGGCAGCGCCCUCAGCGACCCCUUCCUCUCCUACUCGGCCGGCCUCCAGGGCCUCGCCGGUCCCCUGCACGGCCUCGCCGCCCAGGAGGUCCUCCGCUGGAUCCUCCAGAUGAAGGAGAACAUCCCGAGCGACUACACGGAAAAGGACGUGCACGACUACCUCUGGUCCACGCUCAACUCGGGCCGCGUCGUGCCCGGCUACGGACACGCCGUCCUCCGCAAGCCCGACCCGCGCUUCGAGGCCCUCAUGGACUACGCCGCCGCGCGGCCCGAGAUCGCCGCCGACCCCGUCUUCCAGCUCGUGGAGAAGAACAGCCGCAUCGCUCCCGAGGUGCUCAAGAAGCACGGCAAGACGAAGAACCCGUACCCCAACGUCGACUCCUCCUCUGGCGUGCUCUUCCACCACUACGGCUUCCACGAGACGCUCUACUACACUGCCACCUUUGGCGUGUCCCGCGGCCUCGGCCCGCUGGCCCAGCUCAUCUGGGACCGUGCCCUCGGCCUGCCGAUCGAGCGGCCCAAGAGCAUCAACCUCGAGGGCCUGCUGAAGCAGGUGCAGUAG